AAAUAUCGCAAUUACGGGGUCAUUACGUAAUCGAUUUGGCCGUAAUUACGGAAUUGAUUUUUGUCAAUUACGUGCAAGCCUGUUAAUAACAAUGAAUCAUUAGAAAGUCUUUUGAUAUAUAUUUUUAUACAAAUAUUCACACACCUGAAAUAAAUACGGAUGUGUGUUUUUAAUCUUGCUUCAGUCUUUACUUAAGCGUUUCUACUUUCCCAGAAUGUUCUAAUAUGGUAUUAUGAAAUUUAAUCAGCAAUUAGUUCUAUGUUGUAAAUUAGAACUUACUCAUAGACAUAGUUCGGUAAUAUCACGAAAAGCAACCUGAUGGGAUGCGAAAUGAAGUUUGAAGGACCAAGAUCAUCAGAAACAGCAGCAGUGAUUUAUGACACUCCUAUACCGACGAGGUCAACUUCUCAGAGUGAGAAAUCUGGUGUUGAUGAUGUUUUCCAAUCAAAAUCUUCAACGCCAUCAUUUAGUAGUCAACCUUCAAGACCAAGAAGAAAUGCAGAUUUUGCAUUUGUCAAUGAAGCUCCAAUCGUCCCACCAACCCCUACAACUAGAUCAAUAGCAAUAAAUGAAAAUAUCCAGCAACAUUAUACGACUGAGAGAACUAUAUCCACUGGUGAAGAAGCCAGAAAUCAAAGCUUAGAAUCUCAACUUGGUCAUACCAAAGCUUUGUUACAUAAUGUUGAACUUGCUUAUAAAGCUGACUUGGAACUUACCAAGACAACAUAUGAUAGCAGGAUUGAAGUGAGAAUAUUUAAUUUGCUGAAAUCUUCAUUCAAUGACUUGAAAUCAAGAGUUGAUAGAGAACUAGAUAGUGUUCGAGAAUCUUAUUCAUCAAGAAUAUUAGUUUUAAGAAAUGCAAUGCAAACACAAGUACAAGCUGAUACAUCUAAAGAAUGUGAACAUCAGGAAGAAAUUAAAAGGUUGAGAAAUCUUCAUUUACAAGCAUUAGAUGAAUGUAGAGUGGACGGAGAAAAAGAAGUUGAACGAUUAAGACAAGCUCAUGGCAAAGAAAUGGAAGCAAUCAAGAAUUCAACAUAUCAUGCCAGAAAUAUAAAAUCAAUGAUGUCCAGGGUUGAAGAGGCCACCGAUAGGCUACAACAAUUAUCAUCGAAAUAUGAGUCAGCACAUAGAGCCAUGACUCAGCAAUCGGAAUCCAUUUCCCUGAGCAACAAGCAAUUAAUUUCAGUUGUCCAAAAUCAACUCAGUCAACAACAAAGAUCAACAUCAGACGCCCAAAUACAAAUGCAACAAACUGCAUCAAGACUUGAAGGACUUGUCUCAGAGAUGAAUAGAAAAAUGGAAGAACAGCAUUAUGGCAUGCAGUUGUCUCAUAGCAACUUACAAUCAGCUCACACUGCAUUGCAAGAAGAAAAAAAACAAUUUAUGCAACAAAUUUCUUUGGAAAGAGAACAUUUAAGAAAGGCACAUAGAGAAAUGAUAAAUAUACAGAAUGAGAUCAGACAAGAAAGCAGAGAUGACACAACAAAGUUGAUCAGGGCAUCGGAUGAUCUGUCAAGCAUCGCUAUUAGGUACGAGGAGGCUAAAAUAACAGAAGCAGAACAAACAAAUCGACGCAAUCGUGAACAUGAAAACAUGAUGAAACAAAUCAAUGCAGAGAAGUUGGAAUUAGCAAGAAAUAGAGCACAGCUUGAAUCAUCAAAUGAAAGAUUGAAUUCACAGAAGCUUGAUCUGAACAAUAAACUUACUCAGUUUAAUGAAGAAAAACAAAUUUUACAACAAAUUCAGCAUGAACUAGAACAACGAGAAGCAGAAACAAACGCAAUGUCACAAAAAGCAAUCGAUUCUGAAGCUGAUAAAGAAAGAGUUUAUGCAGAAGCAAAACGAAUUCAGGAAGAACAAAGUAAAAAACUUGCUGAAAUUCAUAAUGAUAUGAAAGAACUUGCAAAUCAAAGACAACUUCUUGCUGAGGAAAGGAAGGCAUUGGCGCAAGAACGCAGUGCUGGUGGACCUAUAUUUUCAACAAGCCUUAACUCUGCUGUGGCAUCUCCUGUUGGCCAUGUGGCAUCUACCUCAACCACAGUGACACCAAUCAAGCAAAGACUGGUGAUCGGACAUCCAGGCAGUCCAGGACAAGCCAAUAGUCCUGCAGGAAUGGUUUUAUGGCAACAUUCUGCUAAAAAGGAUCAGAGUUUUCUAGAGGAUGAGCAAUUUUUCCUGGAAACACUAAAAAAUUUUUCUUAG